AUGCCUUUCAUCGCCGCUCAACAGUUAGCUUUGAACAACGCUAUAAGAGUCAAACUUUCUCAUCUAUACCAAACUCGGCCUCGCGAUACGCUAUGGUACUCAUUUGGCCUUAAAAUGCUUUUAGAUUACAAGAGUGUCGUUCGAUCAUGGGCGAUGGGAAGGUCCAGAGUGGCGUUUCGCAAAGCUUUGGCGGAGCGUGGAUACGAUCAGGACGGCAGAGCGAUCAGCUCUUUUCCAAGGGCCGCUACUGAGGAAACAAAGAUUGCCGGCUUACGAGGAUCGGUUGACUUUACCGUGCGGGAAGAGGUCGUCACAGCAAAGUCUUCGGACAUUGAGAAGGAUAUGCGAGAGAUUGUGGACAAAAUAAUCAGGGUGAUGCUUCAUGCUCCGAAAGCAGGGACUGGCAAGCUGAAGCAACUCUACAGCUUGCGCUCCUCCACCCAAUCCGCCAUGUUGGUAUCCUUGACUGUCGGGAAGGUCGACGCCGGAGUCGCCGUCCUCUUGACUCAAGACAACAGAUUGAUCGAAUUCCCCUCCGUGCUCCUGCCUAACAACAUCACAUCCGGUAGCAUCGUCGACAUCACCGUCGCGCGCAACCACGCUGCCGAAACCGCCAGCGCAACUGCCUUCCAGACGCUGCAGAAACGCAUUCUCAACACCUACGGCAUCAAGACCCCCACGCCUCCGAUCCUCCGCCUCCGCAACGCAACCCAGACCUCCCUCGUCCUCGAAUGGGAUCCCAUCGACCUGGCCACCGCGUCGCUGAAAUCCCUGUCCCUCUACCGCAAUGGCUCCAAGGCCGGCUCGAUCCCCCGCCCGCUCGAGACACGUAGCACCAAGAUCAGCGGCCUGGCCAUCCACACCGAGUACACCUUCCACCUGGUGCUGCGCACCACCGCGGGGACCUACCAGUCCGAGAAGCUCGUCUGCCGCACCCACAAGAUGACCGAUCUGUCCGGCAUCACGGUCACGGCAGGCGUGCUGCACCCGCAGCAGAGGGAUGCGCUCGCGGCCGCGCUCGACCGCAUCGGCGGGAAGCUGAUCGACACCGUCCGCAUCGAUACUACGCAUUUUGUCUGCACGGAGGGCCGCGGGCCCCUCUGGGAGAAGGCGGUCGAGAUGAACAUCCCCGUAGUCGUGCCCGAGUGGGUCGAUGCCUGUGAGGCCGAAGGCACCAUCGUCAGCGUCCGCGGCUACUACCUGAACGCGGAUCCCAAGGCCCGUCAGCUGGGGCCCAUUCAUGGCUCCACGCAGCAUCAGCGCACGACGUCGACCGCGACCCCGAACCAAUCCCAGGACCAGAACCAGAACCAGUCGCCAUCCCCUUCGCCAUCGAACCUGGCCCCCUCGGGAGCCCUGCAGGUACAGCAGCAGCUCGAUGACCCACCGCUUACCCCUUUCCCCGGAGCCGAAAUGACAGGUCAACCGACAGCGGAAGAGAGGGAGGUCUCGUCCGACGAAGGUCGACUGUCCCCACCACCGCCGGUACCCCCCAAAGACGACGAGGAGGAAGCGAGAGGGGACGAGCACGCUGAGGACGAGCCACCCGCUCAAGAGGAGCACGAUACGGCGGAGGUAGCGACGCCCGCAGACGCUAAAGCCGGCGAUAGCGAUCAUGACGAACAGACAAGCACAGCAGAUGACCAAUCCGACCGCCACAUAGAGGAGGACAAGGGCAAACCAUCAGGAGACGAUGAGGAUAAGGAGCGCCAUUCCAAGGAAGGUGAAGGUGAUUUCAAUGAAGUUCCAUUAUAG